UGCCCAUGGAGUUGGGGGGAUUGGUUUUGUGUGGCCCCUUAGUACUAUAUAAGCUGAGUUUGAGGCCCAAAAGAUAAUUAGGAGGUUUGUGUUGUGUUCUGUUGUUUUUUACCUGUUAGAGGCUGGUUCUGUUGAGCGACAGCAUGGGGAGCAACUUCAGCAUGCAGACCUGCUGUGGGACCUGCGGGAGUUAUAAGAAGCAGGAGGAAGUGAAUGAAGAGAGCAGUGAGACCAAGCCAAUUCUGCACACCUCAGGGGACACACCAAUGCAUACUGAUACACAGCCUUCCCCACCAGCCCUGGAAGCCUCUGAACAAAUCUCUGAAGAAGCUCAGUCAUUCUGCAGGGACCAACAGCUGUCAGCUGAUAUUGCAGAGGAGAGCAUGGAGACCUGCUGUCCUGCAGAUCCUGUGGGAAUGACUGAGGAACAGAAGGCAGCCUGGAGCUCUGUGGAUUUCUUGGUGGCAUCCUCAGACAGGGAGACCAAAGAAGAGGCUGAAGUUCUGGAUCAGCAAGAAAGAGAGAAAGCAUGUAAUACAGAAGAGAAAAUAAAACCUAGUCCUUAUGAUGAGGCCCAGCUGGCUAUGCACACAGCUCAGGAUCUGAAGCUUGUUGCAGAUGUAGGACAGCCUGCUGAACAGGCUGGGGCUGGCAGUGAGGAUGGCCCGUAUGCUGGAAUAACUCCCCAAGAAAUAAACAUUCUUGAGCUCAUGGAAAGUGCAUGGAAAACUGCAGCUGCUCAAGACUUUGAGAUCAAGCCUCCCAUGGAGACUGGUGAGAGUUUCACAGGAUGGAACUUGCCACUCUGUGCUGUGCAAAAGAUGGCAAAAGAGGCUGAGACCAACCUUCCUGCUGGGCACACAGAGCAGGCAGGCAGGGCUGGCCUUGCUGAAGGAAGAACUCAACUCACUGAGAGUGUCCAGAUCCCAUCUCCUGCAAAGGCUGCUUCUCUAAUGAAUGUGCAGGCUGCAGAGGAGACUGAGAACAUAGUGGAUCCUUCAGAAGCCAUAGAGAAUGCUGUGGCAGAGAUGCACUCUACUUCUGCAGUGCCACAAGAAACUCUAUAUCCAGAAGGGUCAGCCAACCAGCUGCUUGACUUCUUACAGCAAGAGACUCAGUCUGGUGUGCCAGCUGCACAAGGGGUGCAGAGCCAAAGCUGUGCAGAAUCUGCUGAAUUGAGUGAGGUUUUAAGUGAUGAAGACCAGCAAGUCCUCAGUGAUACAGUGGGAAGUGAGGAGAGCAGGGAAUGCGAGCUAGAAACUCCAGCAGAUGAGGCAGAGCCACAGGAGGGGGUUGUGCAACAAAUGCUGCAGCUUCCAGAAGAACUGCUUUGUGCCCAGGUGCCUGCAGAGGAAGAAGCAGAGUGUCUUAGUGUGGCACCCUUCCUGCCUGGGUGCUUCAUGCCUGGGAGUGAAGGAGAUGUACAGGCUGAAAAUGUUGAAGCUUGAGAUAUGUGAGGAUCAAUGGAUUGGUGUUCAGUGCCUUUAGGAAUCUUGGCCAAAAAGGAAUGAGCCAUCUCAGCCUUUUGGACCCAUUGUUUUUUUUCCAAGUGUGUUCUGGACUUCAAAAAGUGACUUUGCUAAAGAGAUGUGUGAGGUGUGCAAUAGAUGUUCCUAGAUAUUCUCCUGGAUUAUAGGUUGGUUGUACUUCUAGUGGCUGAUUUUUCAGAUCUUGCUUUACUGGGAGAGGAGUGAUUCGCUUCAACCGUGGUUUCACUGAAGAAAUGCUGAGCACUGCAUCCCCCAGUGUAGUAUAAUGACAUGAGGUUUCAGCUCCAAGUCUUGAGAGUCUGGGAACAGAACAGACAGAAGCUCCUCUAACCUUGCACAGUCAGAUGCCUUCUGUGGCUCACUGCCACCUCUAAAUCAAAGGUUCCAACUACCUCCUUUUAUACUUACACAUUUGGUGACUGUUAUUUUGUAAGCACUGAACAAAUUUUCACUUGAAGCCAAUGAAAUAAUAUUGUGGUUUGUUCUUUGUAUUUCUUGUAAUAGUUGAAGUGCUCAUACAACCUGUACUUCGUGCAGAACUUAAAUGUAGUCUCAAUCAGAAUGCAUAAGUCGGUGUAUUGCAGUUUAAAUCUACUGACUUUUAAUGUUCAUAACUUCAUAAUACCAAUAAAAAUGUUUUAAGAUCA